AUGUCGCUCUUUCUUUCCUCCCUCCUCCUCGCGGCGUCGCUUCUCCCGGCGUCGCAAGCUAGAACGCUUUUCAAGUACGAGCGAGUGCAAUUGACGACAGAAUAUCUCCAAACGCUUCCGGAAGAGGAUGCGCUACUGUUUGCAUUUGAGAACACCUUCGAGGCGGCGGCAGUCAAUAAAACAGUAUACCGGUGUCGCUAUUAUCCAGGAGACGGAAAGUGGCCUUCGGAGAAGGCAUGGACGAAGUUGUCUAAACAGUUGACUACGCCUGACCUUCUCAUCAAGGCCACUCCGCAGGCAGCCGUGUGCUACCCCGGGGAUGCACAGAAUGAUGCCAAGUGUCAACAAUUGACCUCGAAUUGGACAAACUCAUACACUCACGUCAAUGACCCGACCGAAAUUCUUUCGCCAGUAUACCAGGGCUUAACGUGCCAACCGCCAUCCAUAUACAACAGCGGAAACUGUACACUAGGAGGGUACCCGGCAUACGUUGUCAACGUGAAAAACGUGCUGGAUAUUCAGGUCGCGAUUAACUUUGCACGAAACGAUGGAGUGAGACUGGUGGUUAAGAACACAGGUCACGACUUUGCAGGGAAAUCCGCGGGUGCUGCAGCAUUGAGCAUUUGGACUCAUGGCUUGAAGGAUAUACAGUUCUUUGAUAGCUAUGUCGACGACUCAGGAUACAAGGGACCAGCAUUCAAAGCAGGUGCUGGGGUACAAGCUUUCGAAUUAUACAAAGCAGCGAAUGACCAUGGUGUCGUUGUCGUCGGUGGCGAGGGACAGACUGUCGGCAUAAUGGGCGGCUAUAUCCAAGGUGGAGGACACUCUCCCCUCAGCUCGAUAUACGGAAUGGCUGCUGACCACGUUCUUGGGGUGGAAAUGGUAACGCCGACGGGAGAAUUUGUGACAGCAAAUUCAAGCAGUAAUACAGACCUCUUCUACGCAGUCCGCGGGGGUGGAGGAAGCACAUUUGGAGUCGUCACGUCCGUAACCGUUAAGGCAUAUCCCGAUAUGCCGGUCUCCGCCGCUACCUGGAAUUUGGACAGCUCCAAGAUCGGAAAAGAUAGGUUCUGGAACGCCGUUCGUGCCUGGGUCGACCGAUUCAAUGACAACGCAGACGCAGGGAUCUACAAUUACUUCAUCAUCGCACCAAACGGCACAACUGUCUCCUUCAUUAUGCAGCCCUUCUUCGCCCCCAACAAAACCUCCGCCCAAGUUACCGAACUCUUGAAACCUUACUUCUCAAGAAUGACGUCCCUUAACGUCCCCUUCUCACCCAAAAUCACCUCCUACAAGGGCUUCUACCCAGCAUGGCAAGCCGAAUUCCCGCUCGAAUCCCAAUCCGACGUCCAAACAGCCGUUGGUUCGCGGCUCUUCCCUCGCUCCAACUUCGCGUCAGAAGUUGGGCGCAACCUCAGUUUCAGCGCUCUCAAAGACGUCGUUGAUGCCGGUCAAAGUAUCAUUGCAUUCAACAUGGCACCCACGCUCGCCCGCGGCGGGAACCCAGACAAUGCCGUAAACCCUGCUUGGCGCACCUCCGUCCUCCAUGCCAUUACAGGUCGACGGUGGGACCUCAAGUCUUCUACCACAGACAUCCUAUCCGUAAGAAAAGCACUUACGAACGGAACGAUGCAGAAAUGGCGUGAUAUCACUCCGGGCUCAGGUAGCUAUCUAAAUGAAGCGGAUCGGUUAGAGCCGAAUUGGCAACAGAGCUUCUGGGGGGAUAAGUAUGCAAAGUUGUUGGAGAUUAAGAAGAACUGGGACAAGAAAGAUGUUUUUUGGGCCGUAAAUGCGGUUGGGAGUGAGGGUUGGGUGGUGGAGAGCGUAGAUGGCUUGCCGAAUGAGAAUGGGAGGCUGUGUAAGGUUAAUGGGACAGCGACGACAAGUAGUGGGGUAGUGGGGGCGACGCCGGCACCGAAGUUGAGGGCUUUUUAAGGAAGUUGGGUGGAAGAGGUAGAAGGAUGGGGUUCAUGGAAAGACGGAUUUGUAAAUAUUUUU